AUGAGGGGUGGAGUUAGGUUGGUUCGGCCGAGCACCUGGGCAUGGCCUGGGAGCCUCGGGAUUGACUGUUGGCGAUUCUGCGGAUUCUCUGCUGACGUGGAUGCGGAUGAGGAGGAGGAGGAGGCGGCGGAGGCGGAGGAGGGGGAGGAGGAGGAGGAGGAGGAGGAGGAGGAGGAGGAGGAGGAGGAGGAGGAGGAGGAGGAGGAGGAGGAGGAGGAGGAGGAGGAGGAGGAGGAGGAGGAGGAGGAGGAGGAGGAGGAGGAGGAGGAGGAACCUUCCAUUCGGCUACUUCUGGAGGCAGUUCGACUUAUGCACAGUACUGAUCAAUUUCCGCUUGUUCUUGUAACAGGAAAUGAUAUAUCUUGA